AUGGGUGACGACCAUUGGCUUGAUCUUGAUACAUCAAAAUAUCCAUUCCCAAAUACACUAUGGCACAUAAAGCCACCAAAAGAGAUAGCCAUCAAGGUGACUGUAAUGUUAAUUGUUGGAAUUAUUGGAAUAAUUCUCAACUCAAUCAUCCUGCACAUACUUAUUAAGAACAGAUGGUUAUGGAGCCCAAGUAAUUACCUCAUUGGUAACUUGGCACUGGUGGAUUUGAUCACUCUGUUGUUAUGUCCUUGGUUCAUGCUGGUGAGGGACUUUUAUCAACAAUACGUUUUAAAGCAUUUUGGUUGCUAUUUUGAAGGUUUUCUACAAGCAUCACUCCUUUUGACCAGUGUAGGAGCUGUAAUGUUAGUAUCAUACGACAGGCUGGCUGCUGCUGGCUUGACACCGGAUGCCCGCGUCACCAAAUCCGCUGCGAUUAAGCUCAUAGUAAUUACUUGGAUAGCUUCAAUGUUAUUGUCAUUACCAUGGAUUACCCAUAGAGAAUAUGUGGAAAGACAAUGGGCUGAUUAUUUAGAAACAUUCUGCGCGGAAGAUCCAAAGGUACUAGGGAUAUAUUGGCACUUCACACUUUUUAUAUUGGUAUGGAUACCGUUAGGUCUAAUGGUCGUAACUUACGGUGCUAUCAUGUGGCGUUUAGAGUGGAGUGCCAAGAAGCUUUCUUCAAAAGGCGCUGGGAUGGCUGUAUCGAAAGCUAAAACCAGUGCAAUGAGAAUUGCAGCGUGUGUCCUCAUAACCGCCGUUAUUUGCAGAAUACCUUAUACUGUUCUCAUAUAUUGGAGAAAUCGUCUAAGUAAUGAAGUUAAUUCUGUGGAAGGUAGUUUCGAUGCUAUGUGGUUUGCUGCCAACUAUCUUAUUUACAUGAAUUGCGCUGUAAACCCGCUGAUUUAUGGGUUCACUAACAGAAGAUUCAGAAAAGCUAUGGAUAGAACUCCUGGCAUUGCUUGGUGCAAGUUUGGAUCUUGGUGCUGUGUUUAUCCUGUGUAUAAAAGAAAACGUAUACUUGAAGUGGAUAAAAAUACAGAAAAAGUUUUUGUUAUUGAAGGCACACCUCGACCAAACAGGAAGUUGGCACACGUCAUCAAGAAUAUACUUCAUAUAAAUAAGGAAACUCUAGAUUUUAGUGUUAAAAUAGAUGAAGUUACUACAAAACCGACUAAAAUCACUCCUUUGAAAAUAUAA